GUGCCGUCACCGCCCGAUGAUACAGUUGAAGCAUUGAAGUUCAAUCCACAGAUUGCUGGACAACCGGUAUUGCUGUGUUCCGGUAGCUGGGAUUCUGUGAUUCGUGUCUGGCAAGUCAGUGAAAACGGCCAGUGUGAGGCAAAAGCGCAGCAGAAUGUUCCGGGGCCAGUGAUGAGUCUCGAUUGGCUUGACGUGAGCUCGUUUUGA